CACUCAGCUUGGGCUUGUUCGUUGUAGUAACUGUUCCUCUGAACUACCCGUGCACAAACCAAGCGGCUUGUCAGCUGUGGGGAUCCUCAAAGACAACGAAUGUACCAUACGACAACUGACACAGUGCUGUUCGGUAAAGAAUAGGAAGGGGCAGUAAAGUAAACGUACGUUUUUAGAAUAAUUUGUCAAACAAUUUGCAUUUGGAUUAGCUGGAGAACAGACACUUUUCUCUCGCUUAUAACGCCGGGGAGCUCACAUCGAGACUCCGUGACAUCGUACUUUUUAAGGUGUAGUGAACAAUAAUGGGUUAUGUUUGCGGAUGAACAAGAGGAGACUGGCGUCUUGAGCUUAUCGUCGGACACAUGAAUAUUUGCCAUGCCACUUGGGAUGGCUCUGUUCUCAGCCCUGCUCAUCCUCCUACUGAUCACCACCUCAUACACCCUCGCUGUCCGCACUUAUCCACGCUUCUCCAGAAAUGACACUUCUUUUGAGCACCUGGUCCUGCACCCGGACCCCUCUGUGGGCACGGUUUACGUGGGUGCCAGGGACCACCUCUUCCAACUGGACGGGCUAGACGGCCUGCGUCUGGAGCAUGAGGAGAGGACCGGCCCUGUGACUGAUAGUAAGGAGUGUCUUCCCCCUGUCACCGAGGCCAACUGCCCCCAGGCCCGGCACACCUCCAACCACAACAAGCUGCUCCUAGUGGACCCCUCAGCCAUGGAGCUCAUCACCUGUGGUAACGUCCACCAGGGCACCUGCCAGAAGCGCAGUCUGACCUCUGUGAAGGAGGUCUUGUUCUCCACAGAGAGGCCGGUGGAUACCCAGUAUGUGGCGGCCAACGACCCGGAGGUGUCCACAGUGGGGCUGGUGGUGGGGCCCCGAGGCGGGGAGCGGGCCGUGCUCUAUGUGGGGCGUGGUUACACAAGCAGCCAUCCGCCCAUCUCCACACGCCAUCUGGCCCACGAGCCUGUGUUCUCUUACGAGGAGACAGCCAAGCUGGCUGUGGCGGGAAGGCUCUCGGAGUACGACCACCAUUUUGUUGCCGCUUUUGCUCGCCGUGGGCAUGUGUACUUCUUGUUCUAUCGCCGUGACAUUAAGGCUGUGUCGCGGGAGUACCGUACGUAUGCUGCCCGCGUGUGUCUGGAUGACACCUCCUACUAUUCCUAUGUAGAGGUACCCCUGGUGUGUCACUCCUCUACCUCCUCCCCAGAGAGGAACUACAACCUCCUCCAGGCAGCCCAGGUGGGUCAGGGGGGUGGCAGAGAGGGGGAGACCCUGCUGGGGGUCUUCUCCACCCGGGUCAGCUCUUCCAACGGGCCCUCCGAAGACUCCGCUCUGUGUGUGUACCCUCUGGACGAGCUGGACAGACUCAUCGACUCCACACGAGACCUGUGCUACACACUGGAUGGCCGGGUGAUGGGAGGAGGCGAGGUGGCCUACAUAGAGUAUGAGGUCAAGUCCAGCUGUGCCAACUUGCCUACGAACACCCUAAAGGCUUAUCCCUGUGGCUCUGACCACACCCCCAGUCCAAUGGCCAGCAGGGUACCCAUGGAAGCUGAGGCAGUAUUGGACAGCCCAUCUGCCCGUCUCACUGCUGUGGCUGUUGGUAUGAGGGCUGGGCACACCAUUGCCUUUUUAGGAGACUCUAAAGGGAAUUUGCACAAGGUGUUCCUAGGCUCUGGAGGCCGGGUGGAGAUGUACUCCUCCAUGCUCAUCCAGCCCAACUCGCCCAUCAGCAGUGACCUCCUGCUGGACCAGACGGAGACGCACAUCUACGUCAUGACCGGCGCAAUGGUGGAGAAGCGACCGGUGGCAGAGUGUGGAGAUCACUUGGACUGUCAGUCCUGUCUUUCAGCCCGAGACCCUUACUGUGGCUGGUGUGUUCUGGAGGGCAGGUGUGUCCAGCGUUCACAGUGCAGUCGGGGGGCUCUGCAGGGCCAGUGGCUGUGGAGCUUUGACCACCAGCAGCAGCAGUGUCUCGGUAUCCAAUCCCUGAGCCUGUAUAACAUCAGCCGUGGAGAGGAGACGGACAUUGCUGUGUCAGUGAAGGGCUUACCCAGUCUAGUGCAAGGCGAAGCAUACAGCUGUUUCUACCAGGAUGUGGAACGUCUGGCCACUGUCACAGACACUGGUGUGAUCUGCUUUACUCCCGACGCCAGCAGGCUGCCUCCCAUUGGCCAGGGAGAAGACUCAGUCACCAUCCCCAUUUCCCUUCGCUUCCGCAAUGUGACUGUGGCUGCUCGGGAGUUCACCUUCUUUGACUGUGGUGUGGUCCAACAGCUCUCUGGACUCAUGCCGUGCAGAGGGUGUGUAAGCAGUCGCUGGGGCUGUAACUGGUGUAUUCACCAGCACAUGUGCACCAAUAAAAUCUGUGAUGAGGGAGUCACAAUUUACAACAAACACUUCAAACCAACAUUCACUCCCCCAGCAACCAAACAAUCUGACACUCUAACUCCAACUCUCCUGGCUGCUCCAACACUCCCACCCACAGGGACAUCUAUUAGGACCACUCCCCCAGUCCUGGCCAGCACACCUGUGUCCCCAUCCACCACACCCAACCCCGAGCCAACCGCAGUCCCCACCACCCACUCACCAACCAUUGCCACCACCACACCCUCAACCACACUGGCCACUCAGGCUACCACUGCAACACUAGAGGUGACAACCAGUCUGCAGGCAGGGACACAGACCACCGCUGGAGAGACCUCAAUGGAUGGAGACGGGAGCCUCCCCAGGACUACUGCUGGAACAGGGGAGACGGAGCCGACAACAGUCACUAGGGUUGAGCUGCUAGACUGGCCCGAGUCUCCAGAAACUGAGGCUCCUAGUAGUACAAAUGGACUCACCAACACUGACCACACUGUGCCGGAGCCCUCCUCUGACACCACAUCAACCACUGCUAGUGGUGUCCCCCUGUUAAUGGACCUGCCCACUGGCUCUGACGGGGAUGAAGUCCCCCUGUUAAUGGACCUGCCCACUGGCUCUGACGGGGAUGAAGUCCCCCUGUCAAUGGACCUGCCCACUGGCUCUGACGGGGAUGAAGUCCCCCUGUUAAUGGACCUGCCCACUGGCUCUGACGGGGAUGAAGUCCCCCUGUCAAUGGACCUGCCCACUGGCUCUGACGGGGAUGAAGUCCCCCUGUUAAUGGACCUGCCCACUGGCUCUGAUGGGGAUGAAGUCCACCUGGCCCCCUCUGAAGGUACAGACUCACCCUCCUGGACCAAGGAAUGGGAGAAGGGAGAGGGAGAGUCAGAGAUGGACACUCCAACAUCCUCUGCCACAGUGCCCUCUGGAGAUGAUGACCCAAACCAGCCCUCUCAAUCCUUUACCCUCACACCUGACCCUGACUCUUCAGCAGACUACCAGUCUGACUCCUCUGAAAUUGAUCUGCCGGACUGCCCGUGUGUGGAGAAGGUCCAGGGCUCCUCUCUUGUUCCUGUUAAUGUGGAGCGGAAGAUCACUCUGGUGGGACGCCACCUUCACCUCUUCCAGGAUGAGGAUCUGAACUAUGAGUGUGUGCUGACCAUCGAAGGGCGGUCAGUGGUGGUCGACGCGUACGUGGAGCCAGACGACACCCAGCCCUCUCUCUACUUCAUCACCUGCCAGCUACACCAGUACGCCUAUACUGCCUUUGUGGAGGAGUACAAUGCCGUGAUCAAUGUGAGGAGGAGAAACACCUUUCAGAUUGAUAGUGCGGACGACCUUCAUGUGACGUUGUUUAACUGCUCUGUGGGCCGGUCAGACUGCAGCCGGUGUCGUACAGCUGAUCAGAAGUACGGCUGUGCCUGGUGCGGGGGAGCUCGCUCCAAAUGCAGUUACCGGGACUCCUGCGCUGGCGAAAUCAAGCAGUCCUGCCCAGCACCCGUCAUCCACUUAAUGGAGCCCAUCUCUGGACCAGUAGAGGGUGGUACUGUGGUGACCAUCUCAGGCUCCAAUCUUGGACAGAAAGCUGAAGACAUCCAGAACUCUGUCACUAUAGCUGGUGUCCCCUGCACGGUCAUCAACAGCAGAUAUGAGAUCUCCGCAAGGAUUGUGUGUGAGACCACAGCCAGUGGGGGAGAGAAGAGUGGUCAGGCCUCAGUCGAGGUGAGAGGAGGAGGGCUUGGACUCUCCAGUCAAAGGUUCAGCUUCCAGGACCCAGCUUUGAUGGGGAUAGCCCCUCAGAAGGGGCCCAAGGCCGGGGGCUCAGAAUUGACCAUAAUGGGCCAGAGCCUGAAGACUGGACACCCCAGUGAGGUCAGCGUGCUUAUUGGAGGAGUCUCAUGCCUCAUCUCCUCUGAGGUCGUGGAUGACCAGAUUACAUGUAUGACAGGGGGCAGCAAUAGAACUGGAGAGCAUGGAAUCACGGUCCGGUUUGGUAGAGCAGAACGCCAUCUACAGGGAGCCAUCUAUCAUUACACCUCAGAUCCUAACAUAACCAUGGCUGCACCCUCAAAAAGCUUCCUCAGUGGUGGAAGAAUGAUCCGUGUGUCUGGGCAAAACCUAGAUGUAGUGCAGGAGCCCCGAAUCCGGGUGACCCUUAGUCCUCUGGAGUCCCUUUCUCUGAGGAAGAAGAGGAGGACGACAAGGAGGAGCAGCAGAGAUGGAGAGAGUAGAGUGAGACGCACAGAAAUCCCACUCAAGAGGCAAAGACGGAUAGUUCCUGAGCCAGACUGUCUUGAAGACGCACUCUGUGUGGUAAAAAAGUUUGAGACGAGUUGUGCUGUGAGCAGCUCCUCUCUGAUGCUGUGCCCUACGCCUGCCGUGGGGAUGGAGGCCCACCAAGCUCGGGUCAAGGUGGACUUCCUACUGGAUAACCUGCACUUUGACUUCAACUCUGUGGGCAGUGGAGCUUUCAGCUACGAGCUCAACCCCAGACUUUACCCACUGAACCAGAAUGACCCCAGCAAACCCUACCAGCACAAACCUGGCAGCAUCAUCUCUGUGGAGGGGGAGAACCUGGACCUGGCCAUCUUUAAGGAGGAGGUGGUGGCUCUGAUUGGGGAAGGGGUAUGCUCUGUGAAAACCUUGACCCAUAACCACCUCUACUGUGAGCCUCCAUCCCAGCAGCCCUCUGUGAUGGCCAGCAAGAAGCAGGAGGGCAUGGAUUCUCUCCCCGAGUUCACUGUCCAGAUGGGGAACCUGAACUUCUCCCUGGGUAGAGUGCAGUAUGACACCCAAGGCCAGUCCACCUUCCCCCUGGAGGCCCAGGUGGGCGUAGGGGUGGGGGCUUCCAUCGUAGCCCUCAUCGUUGUCAUCAUAGUGCUCAUAUAUAGGAGGAAAAGCAAACAGGCCGUGAGGGACUACAAGAAGGUCCAGAUUCAGCUGGAGAAUCUGGAGACCAGUGUGCGGGACCGCUGCAAGAAAGAGUUCACAGACCUAAUGACUGAGAUGAUGGACUGUUCAAGUGACCUGGUGGGUUCUGGUAUUCCCUUCCUGGACUACAAGGCGUAUGCAGAGCGCAUUUUCUUUCCUGGCCACCGGGAGUCGCCACUGCGGCGAGAUUUGGAUGUGCCGGAGUGCCGUAGACAGACGGUAGAGCAGGGACUGGUUCAACUGUCCAACCUCCUCAACAGCAAACUAUUCCUCACCAAGUUCAUCCACACCCUGGAGGUGCAGCGGACCUUCUCCCCUCGGGACCGGGCCUACGUGGCCUCCCUGCUCACCGUGGCCCUGCAUGGGAAGCUGGAGUACUUCACUGACAUCCUCAAGACUCUGCUAAACGACCUGGUGGUGCAGUACGUGGCCAAGAACCCCAAACUCAUGCUCCGAAGAACUGAAUCGGUGGUCGAGAAGCUCCUGACCAACUGGAUGUCCAUUUGUCUGUUCACAUUCCUGAGGGACACUGCAGGGGAGUCCUUCUACAUGCUGUUUAGAGCCAUUAAACACCAGGUGGACAAGGGACCGGUGGACGCCGUGACAGGAAAGGCCAAGUAUACACUCAACGACAACAGGCUGCUCCGCGAGGACAUAGAGUACAAAACCUUGACGCUGAAUGUCCUCAUGCCAGCGACAGGCAACGGUGGUGUGCCCCAGACCGCUCCUGCCAAGGUUCUGGACUGUGACACCAUAACCCAGGUGAAGGAGAAGGUCCUGGAACAGGCAUGGAAGGGCAUGUCCUUCUCCCAGAGGCCCCACACAGACUCUCUCCACCUGGAGUGGCGUGCGGGCAUGGCAGGUCACCUGAUCUUGUCAGACGAGGACUUGACGUCGGUGGUGCAGGGCUCCUGGAAACGCCUUAACACCCUGCAGCACUACAAGGUUCCGGAUGGAGCCACUGUUGCACUGGUACCCCGGAACUCCAAGCACAUACACAAUGACAACCAUGACUACUUUCCUGGAGAGAAGACGCCCAUGUUGGACGAUGGGGACGAGGGAGGUGUGAAGCUCUGGCACCUGGUGAAAGCCAAUGAGGAGCCAGACCUGCCCAAACACAGGCGUGGCAGUCUGAGAGAGAGGGAGAGGGAGAGGGCCAAGGCCAUCCCCGAGAUCUACCUCACACGCCUACUCUCCAUGAAGGGCACACUGCAGAAGUUUGUGGAUGACUUGUUCACAGUGAUCCUGAGCACUAACCAGCCAGUUCCAAUGGCUGUCAAGUACUUCUUUGACCUGCUGGAUGAGCAGGCUCUGCAGCACAACAUUACAGACCCUGAGACCAUCCACAUCUGGAAGACUAACAGUUUACCCCUGAGGUUCUGGAUCAACAUCUUGAAGAACCCCCAGUUCAUCUUUGAUGUUCAGGCAUCAGACCAUGUGGAUGCUGUGCUGUCUGUCAUAGCCCAGACCUUCAUGGACUCAUGUACCAUCGCAGAGCACAAGCUGGGCAGGGACUCUCCUAUCAACAAGUUGCUGUAUGCCAGAGAUAUCCCACGGUACAAGCAGAUGGUAGAGAGAUACUAUGCUGACAUCAGGCAGACCAUUUCUGCCAGUGACCAGGAAAUGAAUUCUGCUCUUGCAGAACUGUCUCGUAAUUAUGCUGGUGAGGUGAACUACCUUGUAGCCCUGCAUGAGCUGUACAAGUACAUCAACAAGUACUAUGAUCAAAUCAUCACUGCUCUAGAGGAGGACCCUACAGCUCAGAAGAUGCAGCUGGGCUACAGGCUCCAGCAGAUUGCGGCUGCCGUGGAAAAUAAAGUCACUGACCUAUGAUAACAGAGUGGCCCUGAGACAGGACAGGCCGAGACCCUGAGGAAAAGACACCCGCUGUGAGGAGUAGUCCGAAAGGAAAAUACUGUGUGAAAAGGAAAAAGACCUUGUGCAUACAAGGUGUCUCUCUUUUUGGCAGACUGAAGGAAGUGAAGAAGGUUGAGGGGCACUCAAAGUGGUGCCCUUCUCUUUUUGCCAUAUCUGUGUAGAGUUACUGUGCGUAGAUUCUCCUGACAAGCUGCACAGGAGAUUUCCAUAGCAACCUGACUACAUUUAACCGCUGCUACUCAGUGUGUACAUACAUAAACUUUAUCCUGAGUAAAUUAGCAAAGCCCUGUUGAACUCUCUGGACUGCUGCAGAGUUUCUGCAACACAAACAAUGUCUUACUGGGAUGAAAUGGAUGGAUAAAGCUUACAGGACUAAAAUUAAUUGAAUAGCACUUAUUCAAUUAUGCUAAUGUCAUUCACUUGCUAAUGCCUUCUGUUUCCCUGAAUCACAUUUUCAAAGUCUUACUUUUCUGGUAUAACUAUCCUUUGCAGACAACAUGUGAGGUAGUAUUGUCUUCACUCAUCCUUUUCACUCCCCAUCAAUGUUUUUAUCAAUCCACAAAGUUGUUCUGCUUCAUGUAGUUGGACACUAAAGAACAGACUGCUUUCAAUACAUUGUGAAAAUGUUAGGUACUCCAUGUGCUGGCUUUUAUGGUCACCCAGCUUUGACAUUCUCUAUGAUUUGAAUGUUCCUUUCCAAAAUGGGUAUGAUGUACAAAUAAUUUUAGUGCAUUUCUGAUGGUAAUUCUACGGUUCCCUAUAAUUGCAGUAGCCAAGCUGAUAUUUUCCGUUCUAAUGCUGAGAUAAUGAUAGACAUAUCUAGCUUAAACCUCCAGAGAAAUCUCAGCUAGUUAAUGUUCAAUCUGCACAAUGUUUCCUUCUCUUAGCAGGGUGCCAGACUUCACUACACAUUAUCUGUCAAUGGCAGACUAGAAGGUGUUCUCAAAAAGGUGUAUUUUGUGAGCAGCAGGAGCUAGUAAUCAAACACAACAAUUUCCAGAACUGAAUGCGAUCAAACAGUUUGUUUUAGAAAAUGGCUGGUUAUGUGUGACCAAUAUGACAUUUUCUGUCAACACUGUGGGAUGCGACGACUAACAAGCAAGUUGUUCCUGUUUGCAGGUUUUUCCGACACUUGAUUAUUUGAACAAAUCACGAUUUAGCAGGGUGUGUAUCUUUUGAAUUUCGGAAGGGGGGAGGUGACAUUUGUCCUUCUGACUUAAAAGAAACUUGCAGAGAAAGGGGGGUGAAGCUACAUUCGGCUUCCGCUCCUCAUUCUAGUAUCUUUUCUCAUACAUAUCCCCCCCCCCCCCAGAACUUGAAAGAGUAUCUGACGCAAUUACGUAAGAUUUUAGUUCUGGGUAUCCGAGAUUAGUAUAGUUGUAAAGCGAAAGGAGUAUGAGAUUGGCAAUAUAAUAUUGUUUAUCUCAUAAAACUUGCAGCAUGACAUGUUUUUAGUCUCAACAAUGAAUCCUUUAGCCCAAGGCCUCAUGACUGACCUUUUUUAUGACUAAAAUUAAACGGUAGCCCUAUUGUUUGAUUUUCACUAAUACAACAUUUUAACCCUCAAGCUACUGACUGGAGUCAUUUUGACACCAUAGGUAUAUUUAUCAUAGCACAAAGGUGGUUUAUUAAAAUCUUCAAAUUUGUAAUGACUUGUUCUUAACAAAUCUAAAUCCAUGUUUUCAGUGUUUCUGUAUCAAUAUGGGGGUCAUUCCUCCAAUUCGAUGCCUUUUGGGAUGUGUAAUUUGGUGGGAUUUUUUGUUGUUGAUUUCACCUCAUUUUAACAUUCUGUCAUAAAAGCACAUGUUCAACUUAAUAAAAAAUGUGUUUUCCCAUCUCAA